CUGUCCUCUCCUCAGACCUUCACGCCUGUCCUCUCCUCAGACCGUCACGCCUGUCCUCUCCUCAGACCAUCACGCCUGUCCUCUCCUCAGACCUUCACGCCUGUCCUCUCCUCAGACCAUCACGCCUGUCCUCUCCUCAGACCAUCAAGCCUGUCCUCUCCUCAGACCGUCACGCCUGUCCUCUCCUCAGACCAUCACGCCUGUCCUCUCCUCAGACCAUCACGCCUGUCCUCUCCUCAGACCAUCACGCCUGUCCUCUCCUCAGACCGUCACGCCUGUCCAAUCAGUGGACUGUAACUCCUAUCCUGUCUUUGAACAGAAAGGGUAGAUGGUUACAGCCUACUACUCUGCUAUUGAAGCUCAUUUGGAGAGUUACAGAACCAAUAAGGGUUUGGACGUCUUCAUCUUCUUCUUCAUCGGUGUGGCUGGAAUAUUGUGACAAUGCCCUCCGUCAAGAAGGCUCUGCAUUUUCUGGGUAGCGCGCUGGCUACUACGGUGUCCGUGGCCAUUUUAGGUUAUGGGAUGUCGACAGAAUGGGCCGUUUCCAAAAUGCUUUGCUCUGGAACUGAACACGUUUUCACCAACGGCUCCGCCAAUAUAUCAUAUGAGCUUUUCAUCGGGACGAUCGCCAGAGGUUCUUGUCCGGUGUUCGGAGGUGAAAAGACAAUUCAAGUGUUUGGGAAGUUGGCAGAGACAGGUGGAGCUCCUCAGAUCCUCCAUGGCAUAGUGAUCACCCUCCUGGCUCUGUGUCUGCUCUGCUCUGCGGGCAGCAUCCUCAUCACGCUGUACAACAGCGUCAGUAACCCCUACCAGACGUACAUGGGACCCAUAGGGCUCUACACAUGCAGCUCUGGCAGUGCGUGCUUCUCCUUCCUGGUGCUCAUCCUGUACGUAGUGAACGUCCAGCUGACCGACAUGUCUGAAGACCUGGUUAAGAACGACGUGGGAAGCGUUUCAGUCUACCUGAAGGACAAGACCUCAGAGUUCCAGAUGGGAUACUUCCUGCUGAUCCCCUACAUGGUGCUGAGUCUGCUAGCCAUCCUCCUGGUGUAUCUGUUUGAGCACGCUGCCUACACACACAGACAGGAGCAGCAGAGGCCCACGGAGGACGCUCCUAAAGAGAUCAUGAUGUAUUAAUAUAUAUGUACACACACGUCAGGAUACAGAUUCAUAAGAUCCUGACUACAACAUCUCCCUCACAGACUGACACUGACACUGUGUUGAGUAGUAAAACUCAGUGUCCUUGAAAUGGCGUGUAGGAUCCAGGACUGAUCCGAGCUCUUAUAACAUAUCUCACAGGCUAAUAUAUAAUUAACUCAGAUCACCUUGUUUCAUCGUUACAACAUGUUCCUCUUGCUCUCUGUUUAUAUAUUUAUGCAUAGCUGAUAUUUACAAUCCAAUUGAAUUCAAAAUGCUUUAAAAAAAUGACACUGCCUGCUUAGUAAAAUAGCGUAAGGUUAAUGCAGUGUUUAGCUGAAAACAGAAGUAUACAGCAAGUUGAUUACACGACUAUAUAGUUUGUUUUGUUAAAUACCAGAAGACAAUACUUUGGUU